CUGAAAAUAACAUUAUUCACUGCCACCACGACCAAUUCUCACCGGAUUUGAUCGCGCAUUUGCCUCAUAACACAUUGCGAAUACUCUAAUCACAUACUACACACCUUCUCUGUGCCGCGCAACCCUCUCCUGCCCGGCGCAUUCUCCCAUCUUGACUCAUUCUCGCCUUUGUCGCAAACAACAACCCAGUCGCAACCUUUCUUCGCACACCUUCGCAACCCAAAUCGUAAGGUGAUCGCGCAUACACAAGCACACAUUCCCUGGCGCUUCAAGAAUACCGCGCGACCCUUUUUCGAGCCACGAAACUACGUCUGCGCACAACGUCAUCGCAUCACGUCGCAUCGCAUCGCAUCGCACCACACCGCCACCAUGCUACUACCGUCGGCUCUCACCUGCGACACAUCGCAGCCGCGCCUGCAGUCCGCACUCUUCAUUUCGCCGCCCUCGAGCCCACAGCCCUUCUCGACCCAGAGCGCCAUUGGCAACCUGAUCAACUCGUGCCGCAACUUGCAUAGCCUGCUCUCCGGCCCCGCGCCCAACACUCACCUGCCGUCGCCGCCACUCGCCAACAGACCCAGCCCCGCGCGCAGGCUGCGGCGCCGUGAAGCUAAGCCCGCUGCCACUGGGCCUAUCGCUCUGGGCCAGUCCGAGUUGCCCCGGUACAGGAUCAAGAAGCGCGCGCCACCCCCGCGCGGCGUCAACAAGAGGAGGAGGGCCGUCGAGGACGACCUGGGAAGGAGCGACAAUGAGGAUGAGGACUCGGACGACGACCGGGCGGAGGAGAAGAACAUGAACAACCACAUCUUUGGCGAAGCACAGAAGUCCGAGGACGGUGGCUCGCCACGUGUGGCACCAUCGACGCCCAAGAGGCAGCGCAUUGCACCGCCGGACGUCCCCCGUGGGCUCACCCGGGAGGACUUUCACAAGAUCGGUAUGCCGCCUCAGCAAGAGGGAGAGGAGAGGAGUGUUUCUCAACUAGGCGGCAUGGCCAUGGAGACCGGCGAGCAGCAGCAACAGCGCACUGGCGUGCAGUGGAGCACGGAGGACGACUCCAAGCUGGUGGAGAUUGUGCUCGAGAAGGUCAAGAACCUCGAUUUGUCCAACGAGGUGUGGGAGGACUGCGUGCGAAACCUGCCCGGGAGGGACUACAACAGCGUGAGCUCGCGGUGGAAGAGCCUCAUCAAGAGCGAGAGGAUAGGACUACAGAACAGGGGGAGGAGUAGCAGGAGGAACAACAGGCUGCACGGGACAUGGUGAUCAUCAUCGUCACCUGUCUUUUUCCUUCUGGCUUUUCUUUCCCUUUCUUCCAUUCUUUGACCUUUUUGGCUUCCUUAUCUCUUCUACUUAUAGCUAUACUUCUUAUUAUGUGAUGGCACCCAGGCCACUCAAGGGACUUUGGCGUUAGCGUUUUCAGAUGAGGCACGAUCUCUCUACUUCUUCUUCGUUUAUAGAUACUCUCAUGCCAUGCCUCCUCUUGCAUGCGCUGUUCGAGCCAAUUUCGGUAGCUGAAUUCAGCACACAUACACAC